AUGCUCGGAGAAGACCUGCAGUCCAAGUACUCGAUCGAAUCGACUUCCGAAGAGCUCUGGGAAGUCCUCUCCCAGCUCGAGCAGAGCAAGAUUGAGCUGGCCGACAAGUACCACCAGUCCGAAAAGUUCAACGCCUUCCAGCUCUCCAACUUUGAAAAGUAUCUCCAGCGUGACAAGGGCAAGCCGGGAGAACAGAACUGGAGGAGCCAGAUCAAUCUCCACCAGUUCAGGGUCAACACCGCCAGAGACCAGUUCCGUCGCAGCACCGCCGAAUUCGACGAAAAGAUCCGAUUCAUCAACCAGCUGCUGGAAGAAAAGAAAGUUGCUGACCAGCGUGCCAUCGAGGCCACCGUCGAGACCGUUUCCAAGGACCUCAGCCACUUUCGUCUCGAGACCGCAGCCAACUUUGAUGCGGUGGCGGCCCAGUUCCAGAAGCAACAGAGCCAGCUGGACAAUGCCCUGGCCGAGCACCGAGCCGAGAUCAAUGCCAAGCUGCAAGCGAUCGAGCACACCGUCGCCCAACAGCAGCAGUGGACCGAGGACCUCUACGGCCAGUUCUAUUCCCUCAAGAGCGACCAGCAGCUCCUCAUGGAGGAGUACCACCGCAAGCAGCGCGACCUGAACGAGAAAAAGUACAUCGAGGUGGACGAGGGCCUGUGCGAGUUUUACCGGACGGUGAUCUCCAAGCUCGUCGAGGUCUUUGUGGCCUGCAAGUCGCUCAACUCGGGCAUGGUCGUCCGUGACAACUACAGCCAGGCCGACAAGGUCGCCAAGUACAUUGCUCUCGCCGGCGACCACAUUCCCCUGCCUGGCGCUAGCGCCGUCGUGGGAUGGAUUGCCAAGGGUGCCCAGUUCUAUGCCGACAAGGUCGAGGGCGAUCGCAUCGCAACCGUUUCGUCCUUGACCACUACCACGGGCGAGAUCGACCAGCUCUCCGAAGGCAUAGCCCGUGGCUUCACCUUCAAGUACGAGGAGCAGAUCCGCGCCCUCCCUCUGCCCAGCUGCAGGCUCUUUGGCGAGUGCAUCGUGCAGUACACUCUGCGCUAUCUCUGGGGCGCCUCCGGCAACGACCACCACCCGUCGCCCAGCAGCUCGGGUGAUUUCAUCACCGACAUCCUCGAGGGUGUCCACUUUGUGCAGUUCAAGUCGGGUCUCUUCAACCUCACGACCCACAAGAUCCCUUGCCGCAUCCCGGGGGUGACAUGGUCGGAUGAGGGCAUCAUCAAGCACUGCGGCAUCCGAACGAGCUCCGGCCGCCACUGGGCCGGUGGCGAGGCCAAGGCCCUCAAGUAUGGCUACUGCCUUGCGCGGAAGGAGUUGGCCCAGAAACUCGUCAUGUACAAAGAGCCCGGCCGAUCUCCCUCGCGGGUCCUGUACCUGAGCGAGAAGCAGCUCGCCCGCGCUAUCUGA